AUGGACGCGCAGCAGGAGAAUGAGAAGCUCAAGGAGGAGCUAGAGCAAAUGCGCGCCGACUUGCAAGAAAUGGUCGAACAGGCACGCGAAGUGGAAUCCAUGCUCGAACAAGACUUGCAGCAAGCAGAACGCAGGCUCGCACAGACAGAGGCCAAAGUCAGAGAAUGCAUGGCAGAAGUCAGUACUUGGAAACACAAAUACUUGACUUGCGAGAGUGAACGCGCUGCACAGGCCACACGACUUCAAGCAGACGUCUCAAAGCUCACGCGCGAACUGGCGCAAGUCAAAGCGACGCUGAGGGAUGAAGAGCUCAAACAUGAUGACUUGGAGAGGCAUGAACGCAUUGUUGAAUCAUCCUUGGGUGAUAUGGAACGGCGCUAUAAUGAUUUGCUGGAACGCAACGCAGACCUCGAAUCAGAGCUGGCCAUGCGUGAGGGAUGGGCAGUCGAGUGCCAGCGACUCAAGGACACUGUACGCGAUCUCCAGACUGAAUUGCAUAUCGCACAGUCAAGACCGAGCAAAGCAGCUGAACAAGCAGCAAGACCACAACAUGCAAUUGAAGCGGAGGCCAAAGACGACUUGCUCUCAGAGUCAGAGGCAUCCUCACAAAAGGACACAGAAUUUCAACCCAUGCCGACCCUCCACCGCAAUGCAUCUGUUCAAGCCUCCUCUGACUUGCUGGGCCGACUGUCUGCCAUUUCAGCACGCAUGUCUGGCAUCAGCGAGAAUUACCGCCUGCGUUCCGCUAUUCCCGUGCCUCGACGACAAUCGCUCGCACUCUCUGUUGUUUCCUCUUCAUCGGCUGCUGGAUCACCGCAACGGACAGCUACAGCCAAGAGUUAUGCGCCCAGUUCGCCCAACAUGCGGCGACAAUCCGGUAUUCCGACACCAGCAACGGUCGCUGCUGCAUCUCUGCCACUACCACAAACGACGCCCAGCUCCAUCAGCAAAGCGGCAACAGGCGGUCGUAUUUCUGCACUGACGCGACCUCUGCCGCGCUCAGCAGCCACCCAUCGACAGUCUCUCGGGCCAUUCAUGAAUCACGCACAGCCAAUAUUACCUUCCACCUUUGGAUCACCGACGGUGACGGUCAAGCAACAACGCACACAACCCGUUGCUGCAUUGCCUUCCUCUUGGACACGCGAACAGCUCGAGCAAGGUUCUGGACCGGCGCCACCUCCAACUGGCCCAGCUGCGAGUUCAUCCAGUAGCUCACCUAGCAAACCGAGUUCCUCACCAACGCGGUCCAUGCGUGUACCACGCAGACAAAGCGCAUUCAUCAGGCGCGUCUAA